GAUGUUUCGCAUUUUGCAGUUUAACCUGGCGAUCAAGGACAUCCCCGAGGUGACACAGGAAGCUAAAAAAGCACUUUCUGGCCAGCUGCCCGCUGUGGGGCGCUCCAUGUGUGUGGAGAUCUCUCUGAAGACCUCCGAGGGCGACUCCAUGGAGCUUGAAGUUUGGUGCCUGGAAAUGAAUGAAAAAUGUGAUCAAGAUAUCAAAGUUUCCUACACUGUAUAUAACCGGCUGUCACUGCUACUGAAAUCACUGCUCGCUGUCACCCGGGUGACUCCAGCAUACAGACUGUCCCGGAAGCAAGGGCAUGAAUAUGUUAUUCUCUACAGGAUUUAUUUUGGAGAUGUUCAGCUCCUGGGACUCAAAGAAGGUUUCCAAGCAGUGCGCGUUGGGACGGUGGGAACUCCCCUCGGAACACUUACCCUGACCUGCGCCUACAGGACUAAUCUGGCCUUCAUUUCCUCUCGGCAGUUUGAGAGGACCCAGCCCAUCAUGGGGAUUAUUAUUGAUCACUUUGUUGACCGACCUUUUCCCAGCACCUCACACAUGCAUCCCUGCAACUACAGGGCACCUGAGGAGCAAGGUGCUGCCUACCCAUCUGUGGAGGAUUCCCAGGAUGUGUGUGCCACGUCCUUCUCUACAUCACCCCCCUCGCAGGUGAGACUGCCUCGGAUAUUAUUACUGUAUUACUAUAAUGUUCAGCAGAUCCUGACAUCCUCCAAGAUGCAAAUCUGGUGGUGA